CCACUAUUUAGAGAAUAUUUCGAAAAUCCGACAGAAAUUUGAAGAGGGAGCCCUAACUCUCUCUAAUGUCUGUCCGAUUCAAAUCAGCCAAACGAAAGAUUCAGCUAUCCAAAUUUCACUUCUGAGGACUGAGAGCACUGAUUAGGGAGAGAUGGCGGAGAUGUCGAUGUGCAGCAGCAGCAGCAGAGAGCAGGUGAGUCCGGAGGAAGAGAGGCUCGCGAUUAGGGACUUUGUGAUUUCUGCUGAGGCUCACACCAAGGAGGGCGAUACCUUUUAUUUGAUCACUCAAAGAUGGUGGCAACAAUGGCUGGAGUAUGUAAACCAAGACCAGGCAAAUAACAUAGAUGUAUCCUCUUUGUCAGAGCAUUGUGAUUCAGUUAGUUCUAGUGAUGUGAAGAGGCCUUCUGUUAUUGAUAAUUCUGAUUUGAUAUAUGACAUGACAUCUGAGGACUCCACGAUGGGAAUUGAGCUUCACGAUACUCUAGUUGAGGGCCGUGAUUAUAUAUUGCUUCCACAAGAAGUUUGGAACCAACUGUAUGCUUGGUAUGGAGGUGGUCCAACUUUGCCAAGGAAAGUAAUUAAUUCAGGCCUCUCUCAGACAGGGCUGUCUGUAGAGGUAUAUCCCUUGCGUCUUCAACUAGUUGUGGUACCAAAAGGCGCCCACUCUACUAUAAGAAUAAGCAAAAAGGAAACCAUUGGGGAACUUCACAGAAGAGCAUGUGAGAUUUUUGAUCUUAAUAUGGAGCAAGUAUGCAUUUGGGAUUAUUAUGGCCAUCGCAAACAUGCUUUGAUGAAUGACAUGGAUAAAACACUUGAUGACGCCAACAUACAGACGGAUCAGGAUGUUUUAGUGGAAGUCCAUAGCAAUGGCAGUAGCUCUGCAUUUGGUGGUUGCAUGAGUUCUGUUCAGGAGAAUGGAUCUGCAGACAAGGAAACCAUGUCUGUUCUUGUAGAACCUUCCAAGUCGAGUUUAUCAAUUGCAGGAGGAUUGUCUGCAAGCAAGGGUGUCUCUAGAAGCUGCAGUUCAGAGCUCUCACAAAGUCAGAACUUGACUUCCCCAGUUAGGGAGCUGGAUAGUACGUAUGGGGUCAGUGGUGUAAGUACUAGGGGGGCUACUGGUGGUCUUACUGGGUUGCUGAAUCUGGGAAAUACUUGUUUUAUGAAUAGUGCAAUACAGUGCCUUGUUCAUACACCAGAAUUUGCUAGAUAUUUUCGUGAAGAUUAUCAUAAAGAGAUAAACUGGCAGAAUCCUCUGGGGAUGGUUGGUGAGCUAGCUCUAGCAUUUGGCGAUUUACUUCGAAAACUGUGGGCACCGGGACGAACACCAGUUGCUCCUCGGCCAUUCAAAACAAAGCUUGCUCGCUUUGCACCACAAUUCAGUGGAUAUAAUCAGCAUGAUUCACAGGAGCUCUUAGCAUUUUUAUUGGAUGGUCUUCAUGAAGACCUGAAUCGUGUCAAGCACAAACCUUACAUAAAGUCUAGAGAUGCUGAUGGGAGGCCUGAUGAAGAAGUUGCUGAUGAAUAUUGGGCAAAUCACAUUGCUCGCAAUGAUUCUAUAAUAGUUGACGUGUGCCAAGGCCAGUACAAGUCAACUCUGGUUUGUCCUGUGUGUAACAAAAUCUCUGUUACAUUUGAUCCAUUCAUGUACCUCUCCUUGCCACUCCAAUCGACCAUCACCCGUACUAUGACAGUAACAGUUUUUACUUGUGAUGGAAGUGCACUGCCAUCUGCUUGCACUGUGACUGUUCCAAAGCAGGGACGUUGCAGGGACUUGAUCCAAGCACUCAGUGGUGCUUGUUCCGUGAAGCACAAUGAGAAGCUUCUGCUGGCAGAGAUACGAAAUCAUUUGAUUGACCGGUUUUUGGAAGAUCCUCUGAUAUUGUUGUCCACCAUAAAAGAUGAUGAUCACCUUGCUGCCUACAAAAUUCCAAAAUUGUCGAAGAGCACUAUAUUUCUUCAGUUGAUACACCGUCGUGAAGAACAGGAAAUUGGUAAUGCUCAGAAAUCAUUCGGCUGGAAACCUUAUGGAACUCCUCUUGUCUCGCCAAUUUCCUGUGAUGAUGUUAUCACAAGAGGUGAUAUUCAGUCAAUAGUUUACACCAUGCUCUCUCCCAUGCUAAGAACUGAGAGACAGGGGCAUACUGAUAUUUCUGAAACUAGUAUCUCAGUUGCAGCAUCAGACCCAUCUUGUGACAUCACUGCCAGUGAGGCAUUUACAGACUCUAUUGAAUCAGAUUUGAAGGAUAUGGAUGGUAACAGUUACAAAACAGUGACACUGUCGAAACUGCCUUUGCAGUUGGUUGAUGAAAAUAAUGCAUGCAUUGACCUAUCAGUUGGAGAAGAGAAACCCAUCAAAUUGUCCUCAUCAUCAAUGUCAAUCCUAGUUUUUGUGGAUUGGUCACACAAGUUUUUAGAGAAGUAUGAUACUCAUUACCUUGAGAACUUGCCGGAAGUGUUCAAAUAUGGGCCUGUUACUAAGAAAGCUCGUACUGAACCUCUCUCUUUGUACACUUGCUUGGAAGCUUUUCUUCGUGAGGAGCCACUCGUACCUGAAGAUAUGUGGUUCUGUCCACAAUGCAAAGAGCAGCGGCAAGCAAGUAAGAAGCUAGAUCUAUGGAGGCUUCCUGAAGUUCUAGUCAUCCAUCUAAAGAGGUUCUCAUACAGCCGAUCAAUGAAACAUAAGUUGGAAACAUUUGUCAACUUCCCCAUUCACGACUUAGACUUGACAAAUUAUGUAGCCCACAAGAACAAUUCCAGAAGUCAGAUCUAUGAACUCUAUGCCCUAACCAACCACUAUGGUGGCAUGGGAAGUGGACACUACACUGCACAUAUAAAGCUUCUAGAUGAGAACAGGUGGUACAACUUUGAUGAUAGCCACAUAUCAGCUAUAAAUGAAGAGGAUGUAAAGUCUGCUGCUGCUUAUGUGCUUUUCUACAAGAGGGUGAAAAUCGAUGAUGCUUCUGUAAGCAAUGGAGCACAAUCCUGUGCAGGUCAUGAAAAUAUUCUCCCUCAGAAUUAGAUCAUGGGCAUGUUCUGUAUCUCAGAAAGAGGAGCUGCAAAUUCCAGUUGCAGAUGCCUUGGCUUUGUUCCAUGUCAAUUCAGAGCCUGCAUAUUCUGUUGCUGUAAAUGGUAUUCUCAGUCACAUUAAAUAUUAAGAGAGGAAAGCUUUUGAGCCGCUCUGCAGAAUGAUGCAUUCAUGGUUCCAUUUUCAGAAUGCGCUCCAGCAUUUGAGUCUCCAAUUUUUAGUUUUGCAGACUGAUUCAGAGACGGAAUAGAUGCUUUUGUUUCGAGGAGAGCUAAAAACUCUUUUGUUGUAGGUUAUCUUGUAUAGAUAUCAUCAUUUACAUUAACAAAAAACAAUAUAUAUCUUCAUACCAUUGUGAAAAUCUCAAUCAUCUGCAUAAUCUAGCAGACAAUAUGACAUGGGUUGCCACAUUCAGGGAGAGACGGGUUGCCUACAAGAACUUUCAUCGGGAGUCUUCUAUAGCUCUCCAUUUUUCUAGUUUACUCAUGAGAGGCUCUCUAUAGCUUUUAUUUGGGUAGGUUUGGACAUGUAAUAUGAAGCUGUAGGAAAGUGAGACCAAAUGUUUGAUGAGUAAUGAUCUUAUUUUGUUGAUCUUGAUGGGUUUUUAUUA